CCCGACCGCUUGUACUUAUGCCAAAUAAACAUCUCAUACAUCAUCAGUGGCUGUAGUGAAAGUGUGGGUGACAGUUUUACUGUAGUCUUGUUACGAGUUUAUAUAUUAAUACUUACCUACAGUUUUUAGGAGAAAACACAAUUGGAAAUAUGGAUAAAUCACAGAAGAACUACAUGCCCUUUUUAAGACAGUGUUUUCUAACGGCGAGUGUGGCCUUCAACAUCAUGGGGCACGGGUGCGUCGUUGGCUACCCAGCAGUCUUGAUCCCCAGCCUCAGGCGGCCUGACUCCUACAUUCAUCCCACGGCUAGUCAGGAGUCAUGGAUUGCCUCCAUCAUCGGCUUCGCUUUCAUGCCGGGAAAUUUAUUCGUGAUGCCUCUCAUGGACAUAAUUGGCAGGAAAAAGUGCCACAUCAUCUCUGCCAUACCAAUCUUAAUUGGAUGGUUCCUGGUUCUCCUAGCUGACAGCGUCCAGGCCUUGAUCUUGGCCAGGUUACUACAGGGCAUAUCUAUGGGCAUAUUAAAGCCUUUAGGCUCAAUUAUUAUAAGUGAAACUUCCGAUCCUAAAUACCGAGGAGCCUUUUUAACAUUCAUAUCAUUAUCGUUGACUAUUGGGGUACUGUUUACGCAUACUAUUGGAACUUUGUUGAGCUGGCAGCAGACAGCCUUAUUAUGCUCCUUCUUGAGCUUCAUAAGUUUGAACAUGAUUAUUUUCACUCCUGAAACACCACCCUGGCUGAUAGCAAAAGGACAAUACGAAAAGAGCAAAGAAGUAUUUUAUUGGCUGCGUGGCGCGGGACUUGAACAAGAAGAUGAACUCCAGCAUAUGAUUACAGCUCAAAAGAUGAUUCGGAAGUCCAGUGUCGCUGGUCAGAAGCUUUCGUUCUGCACAAGAACUAAAAUACUCUUCAGAUAUGUAGUGGCAACUUUUAAGAAACCUGAAUUUUACAAGCCUAUGUUAAUCAUGCUCCACGUGUUUGCUAUGUUUCAAUUCGCGGGCAUUAAUGUCUUCAGCUCCUACGCGAAGGAUAUCAUCGAACAAGUAGUGGGCCCUGAAGCCAACUCUGUACUUCUCAUGGUCAUAUUAGAUUUCGAAAGACUCAUAUGUAACAUCUUAGCUGUGUUUGUUAUGCAGAAAUUUAACAGAAGGACCGUCCUGUUCUCCUUAGGAUCUAUAUGCGUAAUUUCAUAUUUAUGUAAAGCAGCAUAUGUGUUAGCGAAACAGAACAACUGGUUACCUUUCGAAAGUCAGUUUAUUCCUAUAUUUUUUAUAUGCAUGUACAUGUUUUCUCUUACAUUCGGUUUAUCGACAAUACCAUUUGCGAUUUCUGGGGAGAUAUUUCCUCUGGAGUACAGAGGAUUGGGUGGUGGUCUCAGUGCAUUGCCAGUGUCUCUGAAUUUCUUUAUAGCUGUGAAGAGUUUCCCAGUUAUGACUGGAUCCAUCGGUCUGCCAUUCACGUAUUUCGUUUAUAGUGGAAUAGUAUCAUACUGUCUGGUGGUCCUUUGGUUUAUUUUACCAGAGACAAAGGACAGAACUCUUCAAGAGAUAGAGGAUGAACUGAGAGGAAACACUAUGGUUGAAGACAGGAGAGAGUCGGAACCUCUAAACACUAACAUUCUGCUGCGUCGGUACAGCUCUCAAAUUAUUGUACAUUAAGACUGAAGUUAGUAUUUUGAUGUUUAAAAACACGUAUUUUUUCAUAAUUUUAUUGUUAAGACCAUGUACUGUAAUUGUCUGAAAAUAAACAAUUUUUAUUUUAUGUUAUGUUAAUGGAUUGAAAAAAAAAUUGUUAAGAACCUAAACUAACAAACAUUAUUAUGAAU